UGCGGAUUGCGGAGGGAUACGGAAGCCCUCGCAGAUGUGAUUUUGUUGCAUGGUGACCGCUCACAUUGUGUUUAGGAAACAUUUUCAUUCUUUAGUUUUAUAAUUUCUAAGUUUUAUGAUUGGAAUUUUAACGGAAUCAACAUCUACUUAUCAUACUUAAGGACAGGAGAAGAAGUAGAAGGUGGCCUUCUGAUGGAGUGUGUUGAACAGGAACAGGAGGUCCCUGCUUCACCUGAGAGGCAUGAAGCAAUAAUGGAGAAACCCAAUAUCGUGUUUUGGAAUAUCUUUGAUCUGAAGGAGGAAGACACAGGUCCAAGCAAACUUCCAGAAGCCAGGAUCAUUCCCAUCCCAAACCAGGAAAUGACCAACGGCAUGCCCCCCACAUCCACCAAGACUGCUUUUGAUUAUUUCGCAGUUCCUACUUUGGGCUUCAAGGUCAACGGGCGACUGGCUUCCCUCAAACCUGGAGGUGACGUUGCACAGUUUAAGCUUCGUUGUAACCCUGGAGGUUCAGCUAGUGGCUUCACUACCAUCCAGAUCCCCGCCACCGUGACCCUCCACAGUUCUGAGGGCGUUUCCACCAAAGCGUUCCAGUCUGAUGGUGCAACCUCCUUCAUCAAGACUCCUAAAUUUGUUCCCAAGCCAAGCCCUGAGCCCAUCCCUGUGAUCACAGGUGUGGUUUCGGGUGAAGCGGCCACGAAGGUUCUGAAUGACCAUUAUGUGAACUUCAAAUCUGGUUUUGUCUCCCCUGCUGAGGAAUCAAAAUCAAAGGAAGCUCAACCAAAACCAGAGACGAAUUCUAUUUCAGAAAAGAAGCUCAUGGCUCCAGAAAAACUACUGCGGAAAGGUGAGAUCGAACCCAUCGCUCCCCCGAACUGUAGCGUCUGCUCGUCUCCGUACAAACUCAUCACACAGCUGAGAGGCUUCAUGUGUAGGUGCUGCUCUGGCGUCGCUUUGGGUCUGGCGAACUUAAAGAAGCAGAGGAUCAAAGAGCAACGGAAGAAGAGAAUGAAGAUCAAGCUGAAGAAGAUGGAAGUCCCUGACUUGUCCCACACGGUCCCCAGUCCUAAACCACAACCAGUAGCUGUGAAGUUCACCUCUCCUCCUCGAAAGAUUCGUCGAUUCUCUGAUGACUUCCUGUCAGAUGAGUUCAGCUGCCCCUCCUCCCCCGGCGACGACAGCCUGGUAAAGCUGGAGGGGUUCGUACCACAGUACGACAUUCCUCAGGGCAAACUGGUGGUGCUGGUGGACGAUUUUUACUACGGCAAAGCUGCCGGAACUGCCUCAAACAGCCUGCUGAACAAGAAGUUCAGCGGGCCGUUCCGGUGCAUCUACUGCUCCAAGAUGCUGUGCAACAACAUCAAGUUUAUGGAUCACGUGCAACAGCAUGUGUCCAGCAUGUCUGAGCGGGACGAAAAGAAGGACUCGUCAUCCGUCUGUCCACACUGUUUCCGACGUUUCCCGUCUUCGUUUAGGCUGCAGUGUCAUUUGGAAGUUCACCGCCAGCACGAGUCGACAGUGAUGUGUAAGAUCUGUGAGCUAGCGUUCGACAGUCAGCCAGCCUUGCUGUGUCACAUGAGGAGCAUGCACAAACCCGGAGAGAUGCCGUAUGUCUGCCAGGUGUGCAAUUUCCGCACGUCCUUUUACUCCGACCUCUGGUCUCACUUUAGGGAGGCACACGUCGACACCAGGACCCUGCUGUGUCCGUACUGCCUCAGAAUACUACGCAGCAGCGCCUGCUACCUACAGCAUGUUGUCCACCAUCAGAAGAAGCAAAUGAUCACCUGCAGCAAGUGUCGCCUUCACUUCCUGUACGUUAAAGAACGAGCCCACCACAGAGAGCAGCAUCACAAUACCUAUGUGACUCCACCUCAGCUCAGCGGACUCAAAGCUGGAACCAAGGUCACAGUCAGGUCGUAUUCUGCUGUUGGAAGCUCUGAGACCGAAGAAGGGCAGAAGAGGACAUUUGUCCCAUGCAAAGUGGUGGAAGUCACCGCGCCUCCCCCCAGGGACAGCGAUCCCGUAAAGAAACCGUUUGAGAGUUUGGGCUCUCUUCUGUCGGGUCUGACUCCCCACAGGGAUUUCAACCCCUCCCAGCGAUGUGUCGAGUGUCUCACUGAUGUCCCAGAUGUCAAAACUCAUUUCCCAUCUCUCAUUCACUGCUCCAUCUGCAGGUUCUCCACCUGUUGCAGCAGCACCUACGCCAACCACAUGAUCAAUAAUCAUACCACCCGGAACGCCUCUCUGUUCCCAGACGUCUUCCUGUUUGACCCGAGGUUGUCGGAGACGUUAAAUUGCAAGUCGUGUACGUUUUCCACUAACAGAGGCGAUGCAAUGGCCAAUCACCUGACAGAGAGGCCAGAUCAUGUCUGCUCCAUGAUAGAAGAUAAAGCGAAGGAUGUUGUAGAUCGACCUGCCAGUGAUCCUGUCUCAGGGGGCGGUUUCAAACCAGUCCAGGAUUACAACUCUGACAGUAAAGAAACAAACAACGAAAAUGGAGCCUUUGUCCCGAUUCAGCUCAACUGGCCCAGGCCAAUCUCCACCCAGCUGAAGGUCAAACCCCUCAAGUCCGCCUCGUCUUCGUUCUUCAAACCGGCCAUGACCAUCACGUUCCUGAAGUCGGACAAGCCCUCAGCCAGUUGGUCACUGGUUCAUCUCUCCAUCGUCCUCUCCUCCUUGUGUCAUGGGAUCCAUGUGGUGUCUCGUCGAUGCCGCCUGGCCCCUAAGGCCAUCCGGGCCCUGAUCACGCUGCAACAUCGCAGCCUAAUGCAGAAGACCUGGAGCUGGAAUACGGACAAGAUGGCGGAGUGGGUUCUCAGCCGGAGGGAGCAGCAGCUGAGCGUGACAGAGUAUGUCCUGCUGACGACGGCCAGGAAGACUCUGGGUGAGAAUACCUCGAUGGAGGAGUGUUACAGUUGGACCAUCGACUUCAUGCUGAGGCACGACCUCGGCCUGCAGACCACAACAAACAACAAGCUGGAGAACAUUCAGGCUGAUAAGCGCAUGUUCGUCAGGUCCCUCCACAAAAAGAUCCAGGGUGGAGCGCUGCCGUAUCACUGCCUGGGCUGCAUGGACGAGCUUCCCGUCUUCAUCAACACCAACCUGUUCCUCAGACAAAACGCAGAGGCCUUCCAGCUGUUCAGCUCGCCUGAUAUAAGACCCAAGUUCGACAUCAUCGUCUCGGCUCUGUCCAAUGGCAUCUUCCUGCCCCCCUUGUUGUUCUUCACCGGAACUGUUUCAGCCAUCCCGGACGAGUUUCCCGACAACGUGCUGCUGGAAGCUCGGAAUGAAGGUUUCACCGAUGAAGAACGCCUGAAGAUCUGGAUCGAUAAGGUGUGGCGUCCUCACGUGACCUCAAAGCAUAACCACGAGUCCCUCCUGGUGGUGGACGUCCACCGAGGUCACCUGACGGAGACAUUCAAAGAGAGACUGGCCGACACAAACACAGAUCUGGCCUUCAUCCCGCAGGGAAGCAGCCGCCAGCUGCAGCCGCUGGAAAUCUGUGUGACACAAGUGCUACGAGACUUCCUACUGGUUCGGUGGAAUCAGCUGGUCUCUGAUGGCGGUCUGGAUGGUCUGAUGAUGGAUCAGCUGGCUCUGACUUUGGCCUGCUGGUUCAGUGAAGUUUCAUCCACUCUGAAGUCACGGAGAGAGAUCCUCCGCGGAUCGUUUAGUUUGGCCUGCGGCACGAAGCAGGGGAAUCGUCAAGAAGAGUCAGCAGGGAUGAUUACUGCUCUGACCAAGGCUCUGAGCCAACCUCCAGACACCGGAGGACCAAAACAGGAGCUCGAACAGGAGCCAGCUCCAGAGCCGGUGGCCCGGGUAAAGGUGAUGGGAGAUUUUGAAAACUAAGACUUUAAGGAGGAGAAGCAGAAGUCCAUGUGUGCCCCACCUGCUCUGGGUCAGGUGAUUAACAGUGAGAGGUAGAGGUUUUCAGAUGGCUGACUCUUUGUCUUCUGCACAGUAAAUAUUCACAACCCUGGCUCCUUAAACGCUGAAUAAAAUUAUUAGUGUGUCAAUUUUUGUUUUCCCCAAAGAAGCAAAAGAAGUAUUUUUGUCCCUUUGACUAAAAAAACCCAAAACAGGCGAGUUGCUGGUUAAUUUUCACCAAGCAGCGACUUCUCGUAUUUAGUGAUUCAGUCUUCUGAAACAUCUACUUUCUUUAAUAUUUGGAUUAAAACACCAAAUAAUGUGAGGAACGUCGGGCAACAACACAUCUGAAUAAUUCUCCAAAAUAAGUAUUUAUUUAGUUUACAAAUAAGAAGCAGGAAUAUACAUGAUAAUGUCUUCAGAAAAAGAUUCAACAUAUAUAUUUUUAUAUAAUAAACUUUAUACUGUGGUUCUCCACUCCGUUAGGGUUUAUUUAACUAAUGAUGACAUCACAACAUGAUUUAUUUUGUUCAGAUCUACUCAGGUCAUUUAAAGUUUUCCUAACAAAUCUUUAUUUAAAUAUUCAUGUCAUUUUGUUCAUUUAUAAACCAUCCUGAGGUCCGUGUGAUGUUUUCUCGUGUUAUCAAACAACAUUUAACUGCUUAUAGAUCAAUAAUCUGGAUUGUUUUUUGUUGUAAAUAAGUGGGAUAAUCACAGUUUAAAAGAAAAGUCUGUGUGUAAUCACGUUUAAUCAUUAAAAUCCUAAAGAUCAGCUGAAUUAUAUUAAGAUGACGUUAAAACUGAACUGAGAUGAAAUAUUUUCUCAUCAGAAUUGAUCAGAUUGAGUUCAACUGAGGUUUUUCUUUCCUGCAGUUUGUAAAUAGAUGUUUUUAUUUUGUAUUGUAACAUGAAUUAUGUGAUGUUUGUACUACAAAUAAAGGAAAUUUUUACUUUG